AUGCUCGGAAGCGAGCCGGAUCCUCGGCGCAUGCGUACAUUCUAAAAUACGAUUUGCACAACGGUCCAGCAUCAAAGAUGGCGGGAGCCUCCGACCCACUGGAGGACAUGCUCUUCAAUGAGGUGGACGAGAAGGCGGUGAGCGACCUGGUCGGUUCUCUGGAAUCUCAGCUAGGCGACCGAAAGCCUCCCGCGCCUCCGUUUUCCGCCGGGAAACGAGACGCGGCUCCGUCGGCCGCGGGCCACUUCUCAGGGAAAGUGCGCGGAGCGGAGUCCGCGGAGCAGCCGCAACAAGGACAUCCCGGAGCGGUGCUGACCCCGGAGCCCGCCGCAAGCGAGCCGCCGUCCGCCGCACCGCUGCCCUCGUCUACCUCCGCCGGGCCCGCGGGAGCCAGCCUGGCCGCGGUCGGACCGCCUCCGCCCGCCGGUUCUCCGGGACCGGGACCUCUCGGCGCUCCGGCCGCCGGCGCUAGCUUCCCCCGGGCUGCGGUCCCGGGUCCGAGCGCUGCGGAGGCGGUCAGGAGCUCUCCCCCCGGACUGCAGAGCGUGAACGGCGGUACCGGAGCCGCCAAGUUGGUGAGCUCUCCCGGUGUUCCUGCGACCGCCGGGGCCGGCCCCGCGACUUCACAGCCCGGCUUCCCCGUACCUCAGCCCUCCGGGGGCUCCCCCUCCGCGGUCCUGCAGAGGCUCCCCAGCCCGGCGGCCCAGAACGGGCUCGACCCGCAGGGCGGCCCGCCGGCAGCCCCCGCCGCCUCCGCCUCUCAGGUCGUGAACCACAGCAACCCUCUCAUGCACGCCAAGGUGCUCGUGCCCAGCCAGCCCGCCACCGGAAGCUCGGUCAUCCUGACCGGCACCCCCUCCCCGGUCCAGGCCCCCAUCAGCCACCCUCAGACCGGGACCAGCACGUCACCCUCCCCCGGGGCUAAACCCGCAGUCAACGGAGUGUCCCAGCCCACCGUGGCCGUGGUGAGGCCGCCCGGACCGGCCGUGGUGGCCACCUCCAUCCCGCAGCAGAGACCCGGGCUGGUGGCCGCCACCACCCGGGUCGCUACUUCGCAACCCUCGCUGGCUGUCCGGCCCCAGCAGCAGACCACCAUCCAGCUGCCCCAGGGCUUCACCAUGCCCCAAGGUAUGGUUCUGGUCCGGACUGAGACGGGUCAGCUGGUCAUGGUCCCCCAGCAGGUCCUCGCUCAGGCUCAGGCCAAGACGCAGCAGAGCCAGGCGGUGACGAGCAUCACGCAGAGACCCGCCACGCCGACGGCCGCCACCACCAUCCGGGUGAGCGCUGCCCCCACGGUAAGCUCCGCCCACACAAUGCAGGCACCGGGCACCCCUCAGACCGUCCGCCUGGCCACGCCCACUCAGACCAGAAUGAUUCAGCCUCCCUCCACGACCGCCACAGUGCAGAAGGCGCUCGCAGUGGCGCCCAGCAUCACACCGGUAUCGGUGAAGAUGGCGACCCCCCAGAAGGCGCCGACGGUGAUCACGACGGGGGGGACGCCUGUCGCCAAACCUGCCGGUGUGCCGUCCACCCCCAUGACCAGCACACCGGCGCCCGCAGCUUCGCCCGCCACCAGAGUCACCGUGGUGUCCCAGGAAAUGCAGGAAAACGUGAAGAAAUGCAAGAACUUCCUCGCCACCCUCAUCAAGCUGGCGUCCCACAACUCGCCCUCGCCGGAUACCUCGAAGAACGUGAAAGCCCUGGUGCAGGACCUGCUCGACGCCAAAAUCGAGCCCGAGGAGUUCACCACUCGGCUGCAGGCCGAGCUGAAGUCCUCGCCACAGCCCUACCUCAUCCCCUUCCUCAAGAAAAGCCUCCCCGCUCUGCGGCAGACGCUGCUCAGCAGCCAGCAGUCUCUGAUGACCGCACCCCCCGGCGCCGUGGUCACGCCUCCGGCCACCCCCGGCUCAGUCACCGCCACCACCAUCAGGCCGCGGCUGCCCGUCAGCCCGGCCGGCGGCACCGUCCGUCUGAACGCGCCCAUCGGCACGGCGGCUCUGCCUGUGUGCAGACCGGGAGUGCAGACCGUGCAGGCUCGGGCGCCGAUUGUCUUCAGACCUCAGGCUACGCUGCAGGUGAGAGGACCCACAACCAUCAUCAGCAAAAGCCCUGUGAACCUCGCAGCUCAGGCCAAUCAGAAGAAGCUGAGCGAUCCAGGGGGCGGGACGUUCAGAGAUGACGACGACAUCAACGAUGUGGCUUCGAUGGCUGGCGUCAAUCUCAAUGAGGAGAACGCCCGAAUCCUCGCCACCAGCUCGGAGCUCGUGGGCACAAAGAUCCGCUCGUGUAAAGACGAGUCCUUCCUGCCGAGCGGCCUGCUGCUCCGCCGCAUCCUGGACACAGCUAAGAAGUUUGGCGUCAGCGAGGUCCCGCCAGAAGUGGUGAACCUGGUUUCCCACGCCACGCAGUCCAGGCUGCGCACCCUGCUGGAGAAGGUUUCGGCCAUCGCACAGCACCGCACGGACGGCGGGAAGGAUGAAGAGCGCUGCGAGCAGACGUCGGACGUUCGCUCUCAGCUGCGUUUCUUCGAGCAGUUGGAGCGUUUGGAGAAACAGAGGAAAGACGAGCAGGAGAGAGAGAUGCUGCUGAAGGCCGCCAAGAUGCAGCAGCAGGAGCUUGCUCAGAUGCGACAGAGAGACGCCAACCUCACUGCGCUCGCCGCCAUCGGCCCGCGCAAGAAACGCAAGCUGGACUCACCGGGCGGAGCUGGCACAGAGCUGUGCAUCAUGGGGCGCCACUGCUCAGAGCCCCUGCAUGACCAGUUGAAUUCAUUACUGAACAACCUCCACCUUCAUCCACCUUCAUCCACCUUCAUCCACCCUGCUCAACAUGAUAAACAGGCGCAGAACUGA